AUGCUCACUCCAUUUUUUUCUGUGAGCCUUGCAAUGUCACUCCAGCAGUUGCUGCUGUUGCUUGGAUGGGCGGCCGUCUGGGUGUCUGCGGCGCCUUGGCUCCAGCUCGCCGCUGCCUCCAACAAAACCCACUCGAAAGCGCUGGCGUACGGCGGCCAUCGCAUCGUGGGCGGCAGCGAGGCGGCGGGCGGCCAGUUUCCGCACCAGGCGGCGCUCACCAUCGACUACUCCAGCUUCUGUGGCGGGUCGCUCGUCUCGCCGCGCUGGCUCCUCAGCGCCGCCCACUGCGCCUACGGGGCGUCGAUAUGGAGGAUCUACUUGGGUGGCGUAAGGUCAGAUUCGGCGUCUGAGGCCGGCCGCAUCACCAUCACGUCGUCCGAAGCCAUAGUCCACGAGCAGUACGAUCCUUACUACAUCACCAGAGACGUCGCCGUUAUCAACCUUGGUCAGGACGUCGAGCUCACCGAUUACAUCCAGCCGAUACAGCUGCCACCCAGUUCGUUGUCUGCCGAGAGGUUCUUGGGAGAAACUCUGACCAUCAGCGGCUGGGGCUACACCUCCGAUGAUUCGUACAGCGUGUCGGCUCAGCUGAUGUACGUGCGCGUCGGCGUGUUGUCUAACGCGGUGUGCCAGCUGUACUACGGCGACAGCGUGCUCAGCUCCACGCUGUGCACCAGCGGCGCGACCACCCGGGGCACCUGCGGGGGUGAUAGUGGAGGACCCGUGAUGAGGACCAACGAAGACGGUAGCUUCGUCCUUCUGGGAGUCGUCAGCUACGGUUCCAUUUACGGCUGUGAGCGCAACUACCCCUCUGGACACGCCAGAGUCACCUCUUUUCUCGAUUGGAUAUCCGAGAAGACCGGCAUUGCCAUCUCAUAGACGUCGAAGAUUGGAAAAAUAUGGUCGCGACAAACCUCUACAAUACAACAACUCAUCCCCUAUCGCUCCUUCGAAUUUCUGAAAGUAAGGUCUAUGGAAAGAGCGCAAAGCCUCGCAUUCACAUUAUUCGUCUACCACAAAUGUUUGCAGCAUAAGUUUUUGCCUUUCUGGAAAUACUUUAUUAUUUAGUCAGCAUAUGUAAAAAAGAAGACAUUGCUGCAUCUU